AUGGACUGGGAGCACCUACAAGCCCCAACCAGCAUGAUCCAGUUCAUCAGUCAACUACACUGUGACUUGAGAACCGACUUGGAGCGAGACCUUGCCUCAUCCAUCACUAAGAUGAACGCAGAACACCAUCAAUGUCAACAAGCCGCCUCAGACAGCAUCAAGGAAAUUGUCCGGACUGCUAUGGAAGAUUGGUUUACUGAUAACCAGAAGAAGUUUCAAUCGCGACAAGAAGAGACCGAACUUGACUCACCUCAGACUUUAAAAGCUGAGGUUCGAUUGGAGCCCGAUGACUCUUAUCAUCGCGCGCAAGUCGAACAGUUAACCCGGAAGCUAGAACUUGCAAAUUCAGAACUAGCAAGUUUGAAGAGGCAACUGAAGGCAACGGAAUCACGAGCAGAUCAACUCCGUAACAUUAUUAUUCCCAGUGACGGAAAGCCUAUCCUCGACAGCGAGAUACAGAAGCUGUUCUCCGAAGUUCGCAAAACAGUGCAAAUGGUUGCUUGUCGACUCUAUUCCAAAUCUGGCACAUUUCGGAGCCCCAUAACAGAGGAUAGUAGGGCCUUUUUUGAAGAGAUGGAGGAUCUUUCUCCAGAGUGUCAACGAGACGCCAUUCAUACCAAUUUAUUCAUUUUCAUCGGAGGACAAUUCUUCCCCAACAAUGUUAGAGGAUGCAACAUCGGAAACCAUCAUCCGAGGCUUCAGAAGCUGCUCGCAGCAACAGAAUGGUAUUUGACGGAAGCUGUUCAAGGCACUCAUCCUGAUGGGUCUCGCCAAAAAGAAUUGAGCGAUUGGAGCCGUGCCACGUUUAAUUGUAUCGACCUUUUGAGAGAUGAAUCUGAUGGACCGGACUCAUGUGCAGCGUAUCUUGAACAAUUCUUUAAACCAGCCGAGACAGAUAUCAUACAGGCGCAAGAAAGCGGCAGAAAGAAACUCAGGAAGCUCUGCGAAAAGGCUCAUGAGCUUGGAAUUCUCAUGAGGCGAGCCACAGACACCUUUCAAGUUUUCACUGUCAAGGAUGAUCUUCCUCUCGCUGACUGUCAGGAUAUGGUUGAAGAGUUGAGAUGCAACGGGGAAAGGGAUUCUGGUGGGACGAAGGUCGUUGGCUCGUGCUUAUUUGGUGGCUUGAGGAAGAUAUCGAGCGAUUACCCGACCAAGCCAAUUUUGCUGGAGAGAGCCGUGGUUUCAACGCGAUUUGUUAGCUGA